AUGGCUAGUCGAUCAUUUUCUCAUUUUGUUGAGAAAGAAAUGGGAAAAUUCCCACACUUUGUGAUCUAUAUGCUUCUUGAAUGGGUAUUAAUAUUAAUAUUAUUUCUUGAUGGGUUUCUAGCAUUCAUUGCUAAUGAGUUUGCAAGGUUCUUUGAAUUGAAAAUCCCUUGCUGGCUAUGCACAAGAUUUGACCAUGUAAUGGUUCAUAGAAAUCCGGAUUUUUAUUAUAACGAGUCGGUGUGUGAGACUCAUAAGAAAGACAUGUCAUCUCUUGCAUUUUGCCAUAAUCACAAGAAACUGUCGGACAUAAGAAAGAUGUGUGAAGGCUGUUUACUUUCAUUUGCAACAGAGAAGGAGUCGGAUUGUGACACAUAUAAAUCACUCGUGGGGAUUUUGCAUAAGGAUUUGGAGUGCUUUGUUGAAGAUGGACAACCAAUUCAGUUGAGUUUGAAAGAUGAUGAUGGUUCCACGAUGCAGGUUGUCGACAGAAAUAGUCCUCAAAAAUGUUCAUGUUGUGGACAACCAUUGAAAGUCAAAUCUUCUUCUUAUAAUGUUGCCAAAGGUAGACAUUCUGAAUCAUUUGCUCGAGCCCCGACUCCUUCACCACGAGCUUUUCCAUUUUCAAAUUCCGAAUCUCAUUCUCUACAAUUACCUCACAUUGGUUAUACACCACUCAAGUUUAUGUCACAAAAUGACUCCGAGCUUCUAGAGGAGGAGGAUGGCCACCAGAAUGUCAAAUUGAGGGAGGAUUCUAAAUCUACCAAUGUCCCUUUAUUACCAGAGUUAGGGGAUGAAGAUUCAAGCAAAUUAACUCCAACUUUUACAAGAGGUAAUAAGUUUUUUGGAAUCCCACUUUCAGAUUCAACAAACAAUAGUCCAAGAUGGUCUUACAAGUUUAAUAAGAAAUCGCCAUUGGAAAAGACAGAAUUUGCCGCAUCUGACUCCAACGAGAUUCAAAAUGAUUUUGAUGAUGCCAUUCUAAGUAAUUUGAAAAGACAAGUUCGUUUAGACCGCAAAUCACUCAUGGCCUUGUACAUGGAAUUGGAUGAAGAAAGAAGUGCUUCAGCUGUUGCGGCUAAUAAUGCAAUGGCUAUGAUAACAAGGUUACAGGCUGAGAAAGCAGCAGUGCAAAUGGAAGCUUUGCAAUAUCAAAGAAUGAUGGAAGAACAGGCCGAGUAUGACGAGGAAGCAUUAGAAGCAACUAAUGAAAUGCUUCUCAAAAGAGAGGAAGAACUAAGAGCUUUAGAAGCAGAAUUGGAGUUUUACAGAAGCAGAUAUGGUUGCUUUAUAGACGAAAAUAGUGGUAAUAAUACUCCUUCAUCCAGGAUCAAUGAAGAAGAUAAUAAUGGGCUCAAUUCUAAUCAACCUGCUAAAGAUUUUAAAGCAGAUAAGACUUAUUUGCUUGGUCGCAUGAAAAAGAUAGAAAAUAGAUCACCAUUUUCAGAAAAUGGAACUUACUCUGACACUACUACUAAUAAUAUAGAUAGUGAUACAGAAAAAGGAAGUGAAGUAUAG